GGAUUAAAUGGCACCGUAAGUUCCAAAAGAGGGCGAAACUCAAACUAUUGUGUUCUGUGCUCGCGGUUGCCCCUCAACUCGUGCGAGUCUGACUGCGCACAAACCGGAUAGAGCCAUACGGCCGCAGCUCGACCGCAGCAUGAGGGAAGGCAGCUGGAGUGAAGCGAACCGCAAGAUGCCCGGCACGGUAGUUCGAUAUGAGAAGGUGAAGCAGGAACCGGUGCCCUUGGAUACAGAGAUCAGACAUCCAGCUGGCAUCGCCCUCAACUCUUCCGGAGAGCCUAAAGCAAGAUGGCACUAUUCUCAAGCGUUCAGCCAGGUGUCCACCACUGUGAACACAGCCAUUGUCAACAUCAGUGUCAGCAAUGGGAAUUUUAUAUUCAGCGUGAACCCUCUUAGCUGCAAUACCCGAUUGUGCACACCGCUCCAUAGCCACAGUGCAUGUGAUAACAGCCCAGUCGACAAGUGUUGCACAAGACAUCCAUCGCCUAAACGAGAGUAUACAAGGCAUUCUUCAAGGCAGGAGUAUGCAAGAGACUUGAAGUACAUGAACUCAUCCAGCCAUGCCUAUCGUCGAUCUGAGUACAGCCUUUCCGAUUGUCGUUCGUCGCACAGGAGCCAUCGGAAGCACCGGCGGCACCAUUGAGCAGUAUUAGUGAUCAGAAGACUCGGUUGGGUAUUGUUCAGCGAAGCGGGUCUCUUUGCACUUGUGCAUCUACAAGUACAGCCAUUGCACUUACUUCCUCCACUAUAGUCAUGCACUCACACCAUUAAGCGCUGUAAUUCAGCGAUGCGGAUCUUUCAGUCAAGGAGGACAUGCGACAUUCGUUCUGGGCCUUGUCAAUGGGCCAUCCUUUUAAGUAAGGUUUGUUCCAAUGCAAAAAAGGUUCACCCCACCACACACGAAAAGAUGCAGGUUGUGGUGCGCCAGACUGCACCCACUUGCUGCGAGGUUCAAGGCUGCAUUGUAUCGUUGCGGUACCUUACCUUGCACCCAGCGCUAUCGACAACAGGGUGCAGUGUGCGUCACUGCAUACCUCCGAACACAGCCGUGAUGGGAGAAGUGGGGGCCUAGGUGCAGUGCACCGAGAAUAAGUGGAGAAACACGAUUCAAUCGAAUAAACCUGCAAUAUGCUGCUCAUGGA